CCAGGAACUACCAUGAGAAUACUACUUGGGUAUGCGGACGAUGGUCGUGGGAACACCACCGUAAAAUGUCCGCUUUUAACUAAACCGACAGACCAAGAUGAUGGGUGUACUUACAACAACUGGGCGUACGCUAUCAUUGCAAUCGUGGCCUUUAUUAUUGUUGGAAUCCCAUUUAUAGCUUUCAUUUGCUGCCUGCAGAAGAAGAUACGGGAUAGACAAAGCAUUCGACGAUUGAAUGAGCGAUCAAGUCCCUAUCCAUAUCAGCCCAUCACUAGUGAAGGAAGUGCACCUCCUUCUUAUGGAGCCACUGAUAGUGCUGAUGAGUGUGUGAUCAGAUCUCCAAGCCAUGACUCUGUAUCUACUGCUAGUCUGGUUGAUAAACAGAACCAGCAGCAAGACACCACAAGUGUGGCAUCUAGUCGUGCGAGCAUGGUCCCGGCCUAUGAUGAUGUUUCUUUGAAUCAACGCAGUGCUGCAGCCAGUAGAUCUCGCCACUCAUCUAACUCAGAAAGUACAAGAGAUGGCACUAAGAACUUGAUAGGAGGGUCAGCCAAUCUAAGAAGAUCGUCACGCCUCUCAUCAGACAGCCAGGAUAGGUUUGUUGACCAGCCAGGACAAUUUUAUGAAUCUGUGGAUGUUGUAACAAACUUGCCACGGCACCGAGACCAACCUAAAGUUAGAAAUGAUAAACAGCCACCUAAAAAACCUCCCAGGCAGUUGUCCAAUGAAGCUAUCACUCCAGAAACUGAGGAUCAUGUAUAUUCUGAAGUCGAAGGCAUUGAGUCCAGUAGUGCCUUUCAAUCUCCAUCGAAUGAGGUCGUCUACGAAAUAAGUCCUAAAGACCAUGGGGCUGUUGAAGGGGGCUCACCAGUGUAUGCUGUUUUAGAACCAUCCCCAGAGGUUCCAGAUCAGAAUGAGGGUCCAGAAUCUCUUGGUGAACAGAAACCAGGUUUGAUGCAAGAUGAAAAGGCAACUGAUGACGAAGUUGUGGAUGAUUUUUCUUCAGAUAAAUAUGUGACAAUUCUUCCUCCCACUCCACCUGAACAAGUUAAUGAACCUAUAAAUGAGAUUUCAGACUUAGCAGCAAGUGGUUCACAUGAGUUUGAUCAAUAUUCUGUAACACCAAAAGAAGAGGAGCCAAGCCCCAUGAAAUCAAGAUCUUAUUUUGAGGAGUUUCUUCUGGGCAAAGUCAGGGCAUUACCAGCUGAUAAAAGAAAUGGUGUUUUUCUGAUUCGAGAUUCAACCUCCUCAACGGGAUUAAAGGUUUUAACUUUGUACUGUUGGAAAAGUGACUCAGAUAAAGAACUUUAUCACUUUAAGAUUACUUUCUCAGAAGAUGGCUGUGUGUACCUUAACAAGAGUUCAAAAAGAUUUUCAAACUUAGAGGAACUGUUGAAAGAUCUUGGGGAAGACAAAGAUAUGUUACCUUGUGUUUUAACGGAACAAGUUUUCCCUUAAUACAGUUUCAUGUACCUAUAGUAAGAUAUUUAUAUAGGUGGUUUGCAACCAAUCUCUAGAGACACAGGUAACAAUAGUGAAAGGAACAAAUGCUGGUGGACGAACAA